AUGAUGCCUGAUACAAACUGUCGACUGUGUUGUGAAAAACUCGAUAAAAAUUACUCCAAUAUUUUCGACUGUCAAAAUGAAGGAUUAUCUUUGGGAGCUAAGAUCAUGAUUUGUUUAUCAAUUCCGAUACAUAAUAACGACAACCUGCCAGGAAAAAUUUGUAUACCUUGCACCGAUGAAAUAACUCGGUUUUACGAUUUUAGAAAUAAAUGUCAAAGUACGUAUUAUUCUUUAAUUCAAAAAUACAAAGAGAAUGUUAAGAAGCCUGUAGAUAGUAAAGUAAAUUUAAGCUUAACAAAAGACGAAGAAGUUCUGGACGAGUAUAUUAUCAACAGCCUAGAAGAGGAACCGGAAAUUAAUGAUGAUAAAACUAAAAGUGAUAAUCUAGAAAGUUUUGUAACGAGUCCAGAAAAUAUUAAAACUGGUGAGGAAAAAAAUUUAAGUAAAAAAUACAAGUGUUUUUACUGCGAAUUGUUGUUUGAUAGUUACCAAGGAGCUGUUGACCAUUGCAUUGAAUGUUUAGCGACUAAAAAAAUCACAAAUGGGAUUGAUGCUUUAAAUAAGGACCAGGAUGACAAAGAGACUGGUUCGGAUUAUGCAGAAGUAGAGUUUAUUGAAGACAUAGACUUUGAUGGUGAAGAAAAAAAUUAUUAUGAAGCUAAAGCUGAAGCUGAAGCUGAAGAAAAUGUUGCUGAGAUGAUUGAAAAUGAAAAAGAAGUAGAAGAUAAUUCAGAGAAUAAAUUUGAAGAUGAAGAUUACAUAUCAAGCGACGAACCUUAUGAAGACGAGAGUGAGAACCAAGACCCUAAAGAUUCUUCGCAGAAUAUUUUGCUUUCUAAAGCAGAAUUAAAUUCUGAAGUACGUCCAAAGAGGAGGUACUGUAAAAAGAAAAUUUAUCCUGAAAAUUAUCCCUGCCCUGAAUGCAAGAAACCUUUCUCGUCUCGUAGUUUAAUGCGAAGACACUUCAUGGUGCACACUGGAGAGCGCCCUCACAGGUGUGAGACUUGUGGGAGGCGUUUUUCCCAGCUGGGAGCUCUGAAUUUCCACAAGAAGCUCCACGAAGAUCCUCCUUACCGCUGUGACCGCUGCAGCAAGCCUUUCAUGAGGCCCAGCGACCUGGAAAAGCACUUGAGAACUCACACCGGGGAAAAACCUUACACUUGUCAAGUCUGUGGGAAAAAUUUCACCCAGCUGGUGGCUGUCCAGCAGCACGAGCGGGUCCAUACUGGUGACAAGCCUUUCCGGUGCAGGAUUUGUGGAAAAACUUUCUCGCAGAGCGCCAAUAAAUCCAAACAUGAAAAGAUCCAUCAGAAGGGACUCAAGCCUUUUAUCUGCGACCUCUGUGGGAGAAGUUUUUCGGAUAAUGAGGAGAUGGAAGAACACAAGGCUGGGCAUGGAGGAGAAAAAGUCCGCGAGUGCGAUUUUUGUGGGAUGAAGUUCAAAAAAUUCAGCGAAGUUAUUGAUCACGUCAGGCGGUACCAUACUUUUGAAAGACCUCACACUUGUGAUUUUUGUAAAAAAGCUUUUUAUUCGCUGUACAGUCUCAAGCAGCAUAUUAUGACUCACACUGGACAGAAGCCCUUUGCUUGCGCUGAAUGUCCGAGUAAAUUUACGCAAAAGGGCAAUUUACAAAAACACUUUUCGAGAAAACAUCCUGGGAAAGUUUUUAAGGAUAUUUGGAAUAAUAAGGACUCUGAUCUCAGUGGUCUCAGUGGUCUCAGUAGUCUAGAAGGAUUUGAAGAUUGCUCGGUAGAUAAUAAAUCUGAUGUUGAUGUAAAAAUAGAAAAUUGA